AUUAUGUGAAAAUGAUUCCAGCAUCCUCCUAUAAUGCUUUUCAGCGCUGAAGGUAGUUCUUACAUUGUUUCCAUGAUCUGAAACACUUGAUUGCCUUCAAAAGGAUCCCAGGGUGAAUAUGUACUCUUAAAUCAAUUACAGGUUUUUAAAAAGAACACCUUUGCAGAUGCAGACAUGUGACAAUCAGGAUGUACUUUUAUUAGAAUACAUGAAUUUGGAUAAACUGGUAUAAUUUGAGCCAUCCCAUGUACUCCUGUAGGGCUGCUCAGGAGUAAGAUGUCUAUGUUUGCAGAACAGCUUGAAGAAUGGAGUUGCAGGGGGACACAAGGACAAAUCCAUAUGGAGGAUGCAUCUCCUCCUUCUCAAGGAGUCAGUGUCAAGGUCUUGGAGGCAACAUUAUUGUCAGCCCUGAAGAUGCUGGAUGUUGGGAAAUGGCCAAUUUUUUCUCUCUGUUCCCAAGAGGAGCUCAAGUUAAUUCGUCAAGCCUGUGUAUUUGGCAGUGCUGGUAAUGAAGUAUUGUAUGCAACUGAAAAUGACGAGGUUUUUGUGCUUGGCAUGAACUGCAGUGGGUGUUUGGGAACAGGUGACAUGCAAAGCACUAUUGAACCAAGGAGGUUAGAUUCUCUAUGUGGCAAAAAGAUAGCCUGUCUGAGUUAUGGAAGUGGCCCUCAUGUUGUUCUUGCUACAGAAGAAGGAGAAGUGUAUACAUGGGGCCAUAAUGCUUAUAGUCAGUUGGGCAAUGGUACAACAAAUCAUGGUUUCGUUCCCUGUCAAGUCUCUACUAACUUGGUGAACAAGAAAGUCAUUGAAGUUGCCUGUGGCUCUCAUCAUUCUAUGGUGUUAACAUCUGACGGAGAGGUGUACACGUGGGGUUAUAAUAACUCAGGCCAAGUUGGAUCUGGUUCAACAGCUAAUCAACCAAUUCCUCGAAGAGUUACCAGCUGCCUACAAAAUAAAAUAGUAGUUAAUAUAGCUUGUGGACAGAUGUGCUCUAUGGCUGUGGUGGAAAAUGGAGAGGUCUAUGUCUGGGGUUACAAUGGUAAUGGCCAGCUUGGACUGGGCAGCAGCGGCAAUCAGCCAACACCGUGCCGAAUAGCAGCUUUGCAAGGCAUUCGUGUGCAGCGGGUUGCCUGUGGCUAUGCACAUACAUUAGUGCUAACAGAUGAAGGUCAGAUUUAUGCCUGGGGCGCCAAUUCAUACGGCCAGUUAGGUACUGGGAAUAAAAGUAACGCGUCUUACCCCACAACAGUUGUUGUGGAUAAGGACAGAGUUAUAGAGAUUGCAGCCUGUCACUCUGCUCACACGUCGGCUGCCAAGACCCAGAGCGGCCAGGUGUACAUGUGGGGCCAAUGCCGUGGGCAGUCAGUGAUCCUUCCCCACCUCACUCACUUUGCCUGCACUGACGAUGUGUUUGCUUGCUUUGCUACCCCUGCCGUUAUGUGGCGUCUUCUGUCAGUAGAGCCUGAUGACCAUCUAACAGUAGCCCAGUCACUAAAGAAGGAAUUUGACAACCCUGAAACUGCAGACCUGAAGUUUCUAGUGGACGGAAAAUACAUUCAUGUUCAUAAAGUUCUUCUCAAAAUUAGGUGUGAACAUUUUCGUUCCAUACUGAAUAAUGAUGAUGAAAUUAUAGAAAUGAGUGAAUUUUCUUAUCCUGUUUACCGUGCCUUCCUGGAAUACCUGUAUACAGACAACAUUAGGCUCCCUCCUGAAGAUGCAAUAGGACUUCUAGAUUUGGCAACACUGUAUAGAGAAAACAGAUUGAAAAAGCUUUGCCAGCAAACAAUCAAACAAGGUAUUUCUGAAGAGAAUGCCAUUGCUCUUCUUUCCGCCGCUGUCAAAUAUGAAGCUCAGGACUUGGAAGAAUUUUGCUUCAGAUUUUGCAUAAACCAUUUAACUGUUGUUACACAAACUCAAGGCUUUGCAGAAAUGGACCACGAUCUCCUGAAAAACUUCAUUAGCAAAGCAAGCAGAGUGGGGGCGUUCCGAAAUUGAUGUCUGACUACCACCAAGCUGAAGAGCACAUCCUCUUCCCUCCUGAAAAUACUUCUCCUUUGGAGAACUUACCCAUGGUCAGAAUGUGCAAAGGUUUGGAAAGAAAGACUUGGUGUUCAUCGGCUUAGGAAAUGUGUAAAAGUCUGUUAACAUAUAGGUUUGUAAAGAUGGCUACAGCGUAGAUGUAUGGUGAGAGUUCAUUGCCAUCAGUCAGAAUUUAACAACAACAAUCUAAUGCAGUAACUACCCUUUCCCACCUAAAGGCAAUCAAACUAAACUAUCAUUAUCUUGUCUGGUUUGAGUUUUUUCUUUUUUUUUUUUUUUAAAACAAUCUGUAUUUGGAUUUUAUGGGACAGUGACCUCUUUGCUGCUAAAACUUUCAUAGUAUACUUUUAUCACCAAACUAAGUUAAUAUGCUAUAGUGGGCUUCUUUUUGCCUGCUUUAUUAUCUGGUAAAGAUACAAAUUUGUUUUUCUGAACAUAGGAUAAAGUAAUAUAAAUUCUUUAGGAUGAGAGGCUUUCUGAUUGGUGGGAGGAUAUGUUUCACUUGGUGGAGUGUAAAUACAUAAGCCAUGAAGAGCUUCAGCUGGAUGUUACAGUUUUGAGUUCCUGGCAGUUAUGUCCAUUGUUCUAGACAGAAUGAAAAGUAUUUUCCUUUCCAUCACACCCAGCACGUUCCCUGGCACCCCAGUGGUCCAGGAAACGUUCACAGUGUUUGUCUGAAUGUGAAUUAUUGUGCUGUGUGUUUUGGUACUCAGAAAACCAUCUGGUUGCUUGUUACCAAGAAAAAGAAACCCAAACAAAAUCUCAACGAAAGGGAUGUUCCACUUGAGGUUUGUUUAUUCCUGCCUUACUAUCUAUCCCCAGGUAGAUCAUCUUAAGAAAAAUGGAGAAAAAGAUAGUUCUGAAGUGAUAAAAAUGGGGCUUACAAUUAAAGCGUAAGAGUGAAGCUCACAUUAUUUUCCACAUGGCAAUAAAGACACCUUGUCCAAAUACAUUGUUUCAGGUUCUCCUUUGGUCAGUGCUGUGAGGUGACCAUACUGCUUACCUUACAUGCCUGUUUUAGGUGAGAGGAGUUGCCCUCUGGACACACCUCUGUCUCAUCACUGACCGUCGAGGGGACCGGAUGGCUACGGUAGGGUAGAUGCUUAAUUUCUAACUGACUGAAGUGAGUUAAGAUGAAACCCCACCCAGUGUUGCACAGGGGGAGGUUUGCCCCAUUACAUAAGAUGCUGAGCUCAUGAAGUAUUUACAUGAAUUUUCUAAUUGGCAACUGUGAAUUAACCCUGAGAAAUUAUUUCUCUUAAAAUUUUGACUGGGUGAAAUGGCUCUAAGUGCCUUCUGUAGUAUUUUACGAAUGGAGAAGGCAAGAAGCUGGAUGACCAGGCUCAGUACACUAAUAUAAUUAGUCAUGUGACCUUCCCACAGAUCCUUGCUGUGCCACAGAAUCCUUCGAUGACUUUUACUAAUCCUUAAAUGUGGUUUCUAAGAACCUAAUUCUCUUAAAUUAUCGCAGCCUCAUUUCCUCAUUUCUAAAGUAGAAAUAACUAUUCUUUAUUACAUUGGAGGAUCAUUUCUCAAACAAUCCUGUUCCUUGAGGAGGAUGAGAAGGAGAAGCACUUCCUCAGAGAAGAUGAGACGUAGUGAGUAGUGCCUCUCUUUACAUCAGUCCCUGCGGGCGAGACACGCAAACAGUAGAAUUUACUUAGGAAGAGGGCCAUAAGCAAAUUAUUUUGGAAGAUGCUGUGGUAAAAAAUUACUUGUGUUCGAGGUAUUUGCCUUAGACUCUCACUAGAAAUAUAUUGGAUCUACUGCUAACGAGCAUGUUCUGCCACCCCCUCAGUGAUUAGUACAACUUCCUCCAGCAGCGUAAGUCCGUGCUUCAGCAGCUGUGUCAGUAUUUUGUAUUCAAACAGAACUGGUCAAAAACUUUCCAGUACAUAAUGCACUUUCAUCAAAACCGCAGCUUCCUUGGGGAAAAAGAUCAGUUUUGAUAGGUUUGUGUUGAAAAGCAUGUGACUCAGGCACACAGAUAGAGGUUAAAGCAGACAGUAAAACAAGAUCAUGGUAGGGCAGAACUUUUCUGCAAAUCUUAUAUGAUAUAGCCCAGCACUAAUCAUGCCAAAGGCAAUUCUACAUAAGCCAAGGCUGGGUAAUUUCAGAUAUUUUGGUUAAGGCAAGGGUGGCUGGAGUGACUUCUCUGCCCCUUUCAGUCCUGGGCUCAAGAACUGCCAGAUUUACCUGGCAGCAUGUGCUUAGCCGUAGCAGCCCACAGAAGGAGCAUGCACUGCCACGGCCCAGCCUUUGGGUAGCACCUUGUUCUGGAUCCUGCCCCAAGGGACACGGCACUGCAGGCACCCAUCCAGCCUCGCUAGGAAAUGGAACGUGUGCCACUCACACGGGCCCUUCGGUCACUCUGGCCUUCCCAAGAAAUGUACUAUAAAAGGCCGUUCUGAAUGUUUCUGUUGUUUUACUUAAAAAAAAAACCAAAAAAACCAAAAAAAAACCCCAAAACUGUAAAGGUGAAAUGAGAGUUUUUAACUCAAGGUCUGAUCAAAACCAGUCUCUGCUUAGUGAAGAGCCGGGUUCCCUGGAGACACCCCUCCGUGGAGUGAUAGCACUGAGCAUGAUACCGCUCUCCUAAGCUGGCUCAAGUUCAUAGCGCAGUAGUUCAACAACUCUAGUCAAAAUGGCAUGCUUUCUUAGCAAGAUGGUUUUGGCUUCAUAUAGCCAAUAGUGCCAGGUUUUUUUCCAAUUUAUUUCCUUCCUGCUCAUAAUUUCCAAUCUACUGUACGUAUUAAUUCCUAGUUGCAAUUUCAGAGUAAUUGACAAAGCCUGUAAUUUUGAGAAAAAGCAUCUCUGGACUGAAUGAGGGCAAUUCUAAAGCUCCAGUGUGUCAGUGUUGGCUUUUAUUCAUGCAGUGUGUAUCAGCUCACCUAUAUGUGAUAGCAUUACAUUCAUAGAGACAUUUAUUUAUUUAAAAAUUUAAACUUUCAUUUGCAUGCACUUUCCUUGGCACUUAAAGGUCGAUGUUUAAAAAAACAUACUGGCUUAGGUGGUUAAAUGUGGAUGCAUGUAUAUAAAUAUGUGCUUGAAACCCCCAGAGUGGGAUACUUUAGAAGAAAUUAGGGAUGCAUUUUACCAUUGUGAGAUGGUUUGCAACAAACUUAUGUUUGUGGAUCUUGCAGCUUAAAUACUUUAUGAAGUAUUUAAGUAUGUAAGUAUUGUUCUGUAUUAGGACACCACAGAUAAAAAGGUAUUUGUUAAAAAGUGAAAAUAAGGUGAAGAAUAAACUGUAUCUGGGGUUUAAAUAAAGAGGGAUGUUCCACUUUGUGGAAAGGGAACCAGGUGGAUAACUUUCUGAAUCAAAUGGAAUUUGAAAGAAAAAAGAAAUGACAGGGCUAGAGUCGUUCAAAUGUUCUCUUAAGUUACUGAAGCUGAGCCAGCAUUGAAUUGUCAUCUAGUACUCACCUGCAGAGUUUUGUUACAAUGCCUGGUAACUAUGUGAACUGCUGUUUUAUGUGAUCUGAACAGUUUCCAUGGGCUUUCUUUGUUAAGCAAAGCAUUUAAUUACCCCAUAGAGACAGGACUCACUGGCUACGACCUAAUGAUGUAGAAAGUUUACAGGCUGAACAUAAAAUUAUGUUUUGAUUUCUUGUUUCUUUAUAAACUUGCCUGGUUUUAAUAAACCAUUAAUAAAAAUGCCAUAAUAUUUUAAAA